AUAGGGGUUAGGAAAUUUAGUAUAGUUAUUACAAAAAGAAGAAGGGCUUAUUACUUUGCCUUUCUAACUAAUAAAGAGUCUACUACUAUUAUAGAGGCUAUUUUUAUUACUAAAAAUUAUAUAUUAGCUUUUUUAAUUCUUAAUAGCUCUAUUUAUAUAGCUAAGUAG